AGAAAAACUGCAAUUUGAAACUGCAUCAAAUGCAGUUUUAUCAGUUCCACGACUUAAAUUGCCCUAAAUUUACCAUUCAAAUCUCGAGGAGGACCAGGCAUUCGCAGGUUUAAUCGCGGUCUUGUAUUGACAUCUCUCACAAUGGGUGAAAAAUCAGUUUCCAGUCUUUGUCGUUCGUAGCCGAAACCUUCGCAUUCGUCAUGAUCAGAAUGUAACAACGUCUUCUCUCUUCUUUCUGGAUAACUGCACAUUACACGAACAGAAUUUUGUCUACACAGAAGUCCUGUAUCAACAGACGCAUGCGGGAAGAAUGAAUCAAGACAUUACCUUCUCCCUUUUGAACUUUUCCAAUCCAGGUGAAGUUAAAUCACUCCGAACAAAACCAUCCUCAAGUCAAUUUGCUAAACUGUCAUCAACCAAGAAGAAAAAAUCAAGCUCAACAAAAGAAAAUACUGGAAUGGACAACAAACUAUCCUCAAGUAGGAAUGUCUCAAAAAACCUGCUAGCCUCCUAUGAUAAAUCCAGUAUCAAAGGUAUUCUGAGAGAAAAAAAUAAUGUUCCAGAAAACUUUGAUCUAAAAAGUAAGCCAGUGGCACAUUCCCUCAGUGGUUCACCUCUCAAAAAAGUUACCCAGGGUGAAGAUGUCGUGGAUUUAGUUGGUGUGAAGUUUUGUCCAAAUCUAGACAUCGAAGAUCAAAGAAAGAUUAUGUUGAAGAGUAAAAAGGAAGAAAAUUUUAGAAUUGAAGUAAAAGGUGAAUAUCAUGUUGGUUCCAAAAAAACUGCGGUGGAUGAGAAGGAGUUGAAUAGCUCAGAAAGUCAAGGACUAUGCAGUCAGAAAGAUAUGAAUGAUCUCAAGAAAACUAACUCUUUAUCAACAUCUUUCAGCAGCCUUGACUCCAGUGAGCCCCGAGUUCAGAGAAGUGCGAACAGGAUGGCCCCUAGAAAACUCACUGAAAGUAUUAUUUCAAUAUCCAGCUCACCAGAAAAUGGAAAAUCGUUUUAUGAAUCCGUGGACUCCUUUUUUCCAGUUAAAUAUACAAGAACAAAGAAGCUUAUCUCAAGUACCCCCAGGUGCUCCGAUGCAUUUUUCAGCCCACCUGAUCAUUCUGGUGAAUUUGAAUCUGGGGUUUCGGGAAUAUCAAAAGAAAAUGUACUAGUGUCAAAGUGUGAUUUAAAUACUAGUCUUAAAACAGGUCGUGCAAAAAUUAGCUUUAGCAACUUUUGUGACGGACCUGAAAAAAAUUUAACGGAUCAAAGUAACAAAGAGAAUAUGACAAACUUAUCUCUCCAUAAGCGCAACAGUCUAAAUAAUUUGUGUAAGGAUGAGGAUGACAUCUUGAAAAAUUCUUUCAAUCAUAAAUUUGACAGGUCAUCGGUUGGAUUGAAUGCCGUUACAAAAAAGGUUGACAAAUUAGAUGUGUCAUCGAGCUCUUCAAGAAAAACUGAUGAAAUUUUUAUUUCUGAUGCGAAACUUGAUUUUUCAACUGUUACCUCAAAAAAAAACUCCCGAAUUGGUAACUCUGAAGAAGAUUUCAAUUUACAAUUUAGCUCAACUAAGAAAAAUUCUAAGAGUUUCAUUCCACAAAAAAAGAAAGCUGAUGAUCUGACAAGAUCCUCAAAAGAAAUUUCUAGACAAUUAAGCUCUGAAGAAAAGUUUGAUGCCUUGUUAAAGUCUGGCUCGCACCAAUCUUCCACUGAUUGUUCAGCAUCAAAUUCAUUGACCACUAAAAAUGUUUCCCAAGAUAAUCUAUCGCAAAGAUUUAAAACUUCUGAUGAGUCAAGAAUCGUGUUUGACACUCUAAAAUUUCGGGGAGUCACCGUUCGUCGCCAUCGAAGACAAAAAGUUCUUGGACUGCAAAAAGACUUCAUGUAUGAUUAUACCUCCUGUAGUAGUGAAGAAGAGGCGAAUGAAAAUUAUAAUCUACCCGUUUCAAAAUCAGUUUCUGCUCUUAGUCAUGAAGUUGAUAUUUCUAAUAACAUUUCGAUUCCUGCCAGUAGGUCACAUAAGUCUAAACAACUCAAAGAAAAUAGUAUCUGUACCUCAACCGCCUCCAAAACCCUGAAUAUUGAUGGUAGCCUCAAAAUGUCAACAGACAAUGUCAACUUGAGUUUGAAUAGUAUAUCAUCUUCUAGAGAAGUAAGUAGGUCCAAACAGUCAUUGGAAAUCUCAAGCAUUGACUUAACCUCUUCACCUAUGAAAAAGUCAUCAAACAGCCCAAAGCCAAGAAAUUCGUCUCGAGGUGUUAAGUUGGAUUUGCUCUUCCAGGGAAGCUCUAAAGUUGCCUCUGAUAGCGUGCGUCGAGGGAAGGUCAAGACAAAGCAGUUGUUAGAAUGUAGUAAAUCUUCCCUAGAAAAUUUCUCCGUAGACGAAAGUGUGGAGGAUUCAGGAAAGCAAAAAUCAGGAAGAAAUAAGUCAUCAAGUAUGGAGGUAUCGCAGUCUGAAUCUUUGCUUAAUGCUGAAAAAUUGCUAGAUGAAUUGUAUGGAACAACAUGGCAUGAAAAGAAAGAUACAAUUCUACCGCGGAGUACAGUCAAGAAGAAAUCCUCAAAACAGAAACCAAGUGCAGUCUCACGGCAGACACUAAAUUUUUCUGACGAUGAGGAUGAUGUAAAAAAGAAUCAAAAGAAAAUGAAUCGCAGGAAAAAAAGGGAUAGUUUUAUAAAUGAUGAUUCAUCAUCUAGUGAAAACUGUGAUUUAAAUUUUUAUCGAACUCUCACGAACAAAUUAACCUCCAGUAGCACCAAACUAAAACUGUCCAAGCCUUCAUUACGUUCAGAGGGUCUGCUAUUCAGUGACAGGAAAAAGCUAUCAUCAGCGUCCUCAUCGGAGUCUCUAGAAAUGUUAAACAUUUCGUCGAAAAAUAAAAAUGGUGGCAUAUUGAAGAAGGGAAAGGUGAAAAAAUCUCCUUCUUUCAUGGCAAGGAAGACAAAUGUUCUGACAUCAACUUUAAGUGAUAAUAAAGUUAAGAAACCUCCUAUUAAGAAGCUAACAAAAUCCUCUCCUGUUGGACGUCCAAUUGCCAAUGAUACAAGCUCAUCAGAUUCUGAGUCAGACAGUCAGGUGAAAGAUUUCAAAAAACCAAUUCCAAAGAAAAAUACAGCUCCAAUUAAAAAUACUCCUGCACGGCCAGAGCUGAAAAAGUUCAAAAUCACCCCAUCUAAAGCUCCCAAAGGAGAACAUUCAAAGCUUUCCUUCUUAGCAUCUUUGUCUGCCACUGUGGAUGAAAUCCAAUCCCAUCCAGAUGCUGUACCUUAUAAAAAGUUUUAUAAGACCAAGAAAGAAGAGUUAGCACGAAGAUUGCUUGUCUUGUACAAUAGGGAAGUAUUUGAAAAUCAACUCCCAGAUGACAUGUUAAUCCAGUGGAAUGCACGUAUGCGGUCAACAUCUGGUUAUUGUUGGAGCAAAAAAGUCCGCCGAACAGGGAUGGAAAUGGCCCGUGUGUGCCGCAUUGUUCUAUCAACCAAGAUUCUUGAUACUCCUGAACGACUCAGAGACACGUUGCUUCAUGAAUUGUGUCAUGCGGCAGCAUGGAUCGUCAAUGGUGCAACUGAUGGUCAUGGCCCUCUCUGGAAAGCAUGGGCAAAUAAAGCCAUGAGACGAUUCCCUGAAGUGCCUCCAAUCAAGCGCUGCCAUGACUACUCAAUCAAAACCAAAUUCACGUAUCGUUGCACUUCUUGCGGUUAUAGUAUUGGUCGACACUCCAAAUCUUUGGAUACAACUCGAAAACGAUGUGGCUACUGCUAUGGUGCUUUUGAACUCCUUGUUAACCACUCGAAGUCUAAUCGAAAAUCUGCCGAAAAUCUGAAAGCACCCCGAACUCCUGGCAAGUUUGCUAUGUUUGUCAAAGAAAAUUAUGGUGAGGUAAAAAAACAGAAUCUGACAAAAACGCAUGCCGAAAUAAUGAAGUUAUUGGGUCAGCAGUUCAGUAUUUUUAAGAAUCAAUCCGAAAAGAGACCAUGAACCCUGAAUUUUUCUGGUUCUCUCAAUUCACUUAUAUUUUUAUUUUUUUUUUUUUUAGUUUUUUUUUUUUUUAGAUCGGGAAAAAUUUUAUUUAAGAAUAAGUGGAGCUAAUUUCUAAUUUUGAUGUAAAUGAAACUGGUUUCAAUUUAGAACUGUUUUUAAAUUUAAUUUGGAGCGCUCAAGAAAAUCACGUAUUCACGUUUUUAAAAAAUCAAUUUGUAGGUGCCUCAAAAUCGACAAUUAUUUGAAUCGAGAGAGAAUACAUGAAAAUAGGCUGACAAUAAAGGUGCAACAAGAUUUCCCUUUUUUAAUUGAUGGUAUCAGUCAAAAAAUCAUACUUUAAUUAUAUCCUUUUUUAUUUGGUUAUACCAAGGCCCACUAUCUUGAAAUGACCCUCUCCAAACAAAUUUCCUCAUUGGUUCAAUUUGUUGGAAGUUUAAUGUUUAGUAACUCAAAAAUUGUAUGUAUAAUAAACUAAAACGAGUCUGACAUGUAACAAAACAGUGCUGAAUAGUUCACUGUCUCUAUAAAAAGCCCCUCUUGAGUUUAUAUUUAAAAGGACUAUUAAGGAAGUGCCCAGCACAGAUCUAUGGUUUUGUGUUAAUUAUAGGAAUCUGGUAAAUUCAAAGCAUUUCAAAUUUGGUUUUGUAAUUUUAAAACUGUGACAGAAAGAGACCUUCAUCCUUUUCGAACGAUAGGCCACUGAAAAGAGGCUGCUGCCUAAUGAUAUAGUCAGUCCUAUAAGUCUACCAUUUUGUAAUUGGUGUACUGUAUUUGUCCUCAAGUACUUCUUCAUUGCUUUUCAAACACCGAACCAGAGAAAUCAAUCACUUUCACACAAUAAUCUCAAUAAUUAAUUUUAUUAGAUCAAUUGCUGGUUUUCUUGAUUGGCUAAAUUAUACAAGUUGGUUUUUCAUAUUUUCCCUGGUUCAAAAGAUAGAACAUAAGCUAUUUAAAUGAACUACACUCCCUGAUAAAAAUUGAAAGUAACACUUAACAAAUGUAACUGUUUAUGCGAAAUUAAAAGAACACUUCUUACAAAACACAUACUACACUGUGCAAGAAUUUUUAAAUUUGUAAUUGUAUUUGUUUGUGGAAAAACUUUACGGAUUUUUUAUGAUUCCUAUCAUUUCAUCUGGCAGCUUUUAAAUCUCAAGCAGAUGGCUGCAUUUGAGUCUCUCAACGACAAUAUAUCUCCCGAGGGCCCUAGUUUCUACUAGAGACAGUUUUUCUUCGUAAUCAUAUGUUUUUUAAAUCUCAGCCUUUGUCGCAAUGUAUCUUCGCAAAGAAAGAGUAACUGAAUGAUCUCUAUACAUGACUUAGCGUUGCUUACUUAUUUUACUUUAUAUUACUUUUAUACGUUGACCUUUAAGCUUUAUAACUAGUGAAAAUCCUAAAAUACAGUGCCUUAUAUUAGGACAGCUUUGUAAAGUAUCAAUUUCUCAGAUUUUGCUGAAGGAUGAUUGUGGAAGUUUUAAUUCUUAAAUUAGGUUUAAAACCGUUAGUCUUUGUGACCAUUUUCAAAGUUUAGAUUAAAGGUCAUCUAAUAAUUAUUAUUAUUUAUUUUUUUAAAGAAAUUAUUUAUAUUCUCAAAGCCUGAAACAAAUAGGUCAUGUAAUUAUGAUUAUUUAUAUUUUUUCAUUAAAUGUUUUAUUAAUUUAUGUGUAAUUUUCCUAUGUUCAUUCAGGUAAUUAUUUGUCAAAAAUUUUAUUCCAUUGCUGUUUAAGAUGUUUUUUACCAAAUGAUUGAGGCGAGCAAACUUCUCAAGAUUUGCAAUUUACAAUUCAAAACGUAAAUAAUUUACCAAAAUAAGAUAAUGAAAUUUCAUUUACUUUACUUAAUUCAUGUAUGUAUUUAUGAGUCGUUUGUACGGUGCGCUAGGACGCUCUGUGACAUCUAUCCGCCACAGGAAUCUGUCAUGGUGGAGAUUCUCCAUCUUUGAUUUACUAUAAGUUUAAAAUUCAAUUUUCUUUUGACAAACUCAGUUCGACAAAUGAUGAAGUUAGCCCGGAGUGUGAGGUUUAUUCCUCACUGUCAUAAAAGUCAAGUCUAAGUCUAAGCCACAGUAAAAACUGCAGGUUGAUCAUUGAAAGAUUAUUGCAGCACAUUGAGACAUCAAAAUGCAACUUAUUGCAUGGUUGAGAUAGGGCUAUGUCUUGUCCAUAGUAUUAACAUAUCAAUGGUGAAACUGCAGAAAUAUGCAUUUCGGUUUGCGGCAUUGCAAACUUCCGGUCAUACUUCAUUUCAUACAUGGAAAACUACUAAACGUCAUCUCUUGAAAAUUUUCCUGAUUUUUCUUCCCAAUGCAAAGAAUAAUUAACAAAAAUUUCAAUCCAUGAUGCUGACUUAGUAUCAUUUCAAAAAACAGAAUAGGAGCGGAGAUUUUGAAACAUCGAAA